AAGACGCUGCGCAUCAGCCAAGGGCAGCUCGCAGGCUGGGCCGCUAUUUACGUACAGACUCCGUGACAGCUUCUGCCAGAAGUGUGCGUGAAGGGCUGUGAAGUUCACGACGUCGCUGUUUAGCUUUUUCUUGUCUUUUCCAUCUCUAGUGCUAGCGGUGUGAUUGGACAGCCAACGUACAGCUAGCGUAAAGCCCGAUAUUCUCGAUAAAAUUGUCGACGCAGCGGGGCGGAUAGCCUAUCUGUCUCUUUUGCGCCCUCGGCUUCACUACUGACAGCCUGUAGAAGAGUAUCAACGAUGAUUGCUGCACAGCUUUUAGCAUACUACUUUACCGAGCUUAAAGAUGACCGGGCGAAAAAGAUCGAUAAGUACCUGUACUCCAUGCGCUUCUCGGACGAGACGGUGCGGGACAUCAUGCACCGCUUCAGGAGGGAGCUGGAGAACGGUCUGUCCCGCGACACCAACCCCACCGCCAACGUCAAGAUGCUGCCCACCUUCGUGCGCUCCAUCCCCGACGGCUCCGAGAAGGGAGACUUCAUCGCUCUGGACCUGGGCGGCUCCAACUUCCGCAUCCUGCGCGUGAAGGUGUCCCACGAGAAGAAGCAGAACGUGCAGAUGGAGAGCGAGGUCUACGAGACCCCGGAACACAUCAUCCACGGGAGCGGAACGCAGCUGUUUGACCACGUGGCCGAGUGCCUUGGGGACUUCAUGGAGAAGAAGAAGAUCAAGGACAAGAAGCUGCCCGUGGGGUUCACCUUCUCCUUCCCCUGCCAGCAGACCAAACUGGACGAGGCAGUGUUGGUGACAUGGACGAAACGCUUCAAAGUCAGUGGAGUGGAGGGCAUGGAUGUGGUCAAGCUUCUGAACAAAGCCAUCAAAAAACGUGGGGACUAUGACGCGGACAUCAUGGCGGUGGUCAAUGACACUGUGGGGACCAUGAUGACCUGCGGCUUUGAUGAUCAGCGCUGUGAAGUCGGCAUCAUCAUAGGUACCGGCACCAACGCUUGCUACAUGGAGGAGCUGAGGCACAUCGACCUGGUGGAGGGAGACGAGGGCCGCAUGUGCAUCAACACGGAGUGGGGCGCGUUCGGCGACGACGGCUCGCUGGAGGACAUCCGCACCGAGUUUGACCGUGAGAUCGACCGCGGGUCCCUCAACCCUGGCAAACAGCUCUUUGAGAAGAUGGCCAGUGGGAUGUACAUGGGGGAGCUGGUCAGGCUGAUUCUGGUGAAGAUGGCCAAGGAGGGUCAGCUGUUUGAGGGACGCAUCACUCCGGAGCUCUUGACCAAAGGCAAGAUCGAGACCAAGCACGUGUCCGCCAUGGAGAAGAGCAAAGAGGGCCUGACCAAAACCAAGGAGAUCCUGACGCGUCUGGGCGUGGAGCCCGGGGAGGAGGACUGUGUGGCCGUGCAGCACGUCUGCACCAUCGUGUCCUUCCGCUCGGCCAACCUCAUCUCCGCCACGCUGGGCGCCAUCCUCAACCGCCUCAAAGACACCAAGGGCGUGCCACGCCUGCGCACCACCGUGGGCAUCGACGGCUCGCUCUACAAAAUGCACCCGCAGUAUGCCCGACGUCUUCACAAGACCGUCCGCCGCCUGGUGCCCGACUCCGACGUGCGCUUCCUGCUCUCGGAGAGCGGCAGCGGCAAGGGCGCGGCCAUGGUGACCGCCGUGGCGUACCGCCUGGCCGACCAGACGCGGCAGAUCGCCCAGACGCUGGCCGAGUUCCGCCUGAGCAAGGCCCAGCUGCUGGAGGUCAAGAAGCGCAUGCGCAUCGAGAUCGAGAGGGGCCUCGGGAAGGACUCGCACGCCGGCGCCACCGUCAAGAUGCUGCCCACGUUUGUGCGCACCACCCCCGACGGGUCAGAGAACGGAGACUUCCUGGCUCUGGAUCUGGGCGGGACCAACUUCAGGGUUCUGCUGGUGAAGAUCCGCAGUGGCAAGAGGCGGACCGUGGAGAUGCACAACAAGAUCUACGCCAUCCCCAUUGAGAUCAUGCAGGGCACCGGCGAAGAGCUGUUUGAUCACAUCGUGUACUGCAUCUCCGACUUCCUGGACUACAUGGGCAUGAAGAACGCCCGCUUACCGCUGGGAUUCACCUUCUCCUUCCCCUGCCAGCAGAAAAGCCUGGAUGCAGGUAUCCUGGUGACCUGGACUAAAGGCUUCAAGGCCACGGACUGUGAGGGGGAGGACGUGGUGGAGCUCCUCAGAGAGGGCAUCAAGAGGAAGGAGGAAUUUGACCUGGAUGUAGUAGCCAUUGUUAACGACACCGUGGGAACCAUGAUGACUUGUGCCUAUGAGGAGCCCACCUGUGAAGUCGGUCUGAUUGCAGGCACCGGCAGUAACGCCUGCUACAUGGAGGAGGUGCGUAACAUUCAGACUGUGGAGGGGGACGUGGGCCGCAUGUGUGUGAACAUGGAGUGGGGAGCCUUCGGGGACAACGGCUGCUUAGACGACAUCCGCACCCAGUACGACAGGGCAGUGGACGAGAACUCACUCAACGAGGGGAAACAGAGGUACGAGAAGAUGUGCAGUGGCAUGUACUUGGGGGAGAUUGUGCGAAACAUCCUCAUCGACCUGACCAAGCGAGGAUUCCUGUUCAGGGGUCAGAUCUCGGAGACACUGAAGACCAGGGGCAUUUUUGAAACUAAGUUCCUCUCACAGAUUGAGAGUGACCGGCUGGCUCUGCUCCAGGUCAGGGCCAUCCUGCAGCAGCUGGGGCUGAACAGCACCUGCGACGACUCCAUCAUCGUGAAGGAGGUGUGCGGGGCCGUGUCCCGUCGGGCCGCCCAGAUCUGCGGCGCCGGCAUGGCUGCGGUGGUGGACAAGAUUCGGGAGAACCGGGGCCUGGACCACUUGGACAUCACUGUGGGAGUGGACGGCACGCUCUACAAGCUACAUCCACACUUCUCCAGGAUCAUGCAGCAGUCGGUGAAGGAGCUCGCCCCGAAGUGCGACGUCACCUUCCUGCUCUCGGAGGACGGCAGCGGCAAGGGUGCUGCCCUCAUCACCGCCGUGGGCUGCCGCCAGAGGGAGCUAGAGCGCCAGCAGCAGCACAACUGAGGCUGUCUGGCCGCCGACCAGCCUGCGCGCCCGGCCCCACGGGGGCCUCCCGCCCGAUCGCCCGCCCGCCCGCCCACCACCGACCCUCCAUGUUCCCGUGGAGGAGUUUUCCACAGUAGCCGCGGCUCCACCACUGCCCCCCGCUCCCAAACUAACAGCCCGAGCAGACAGAGAGAGAGAUGACCGACGACAACAAUAUGACAAGAGAAUCUCAGAAAUAUUUACCUUUGUAUUUAUUUUGCAUUGCACUAAAUAUACAGUUUUAGCAGCAUUUGUAAAGUUUUCCCCAGUGAGCUUUUUAUUGUCAAGUAUCUGAGUGGUUGGAAAAAAAUUCAUGUACUGCCAACUUUUGUUUUGUACAUAGGGGUAUAGAUAACUGUUGCUGUAUGUAUAUGGAGACAAGCCACCUUCUUCCUUAGAAAGCACUGUUUUUUUUUUUAGUCAGUCAGUGAUCCUAUUGGAUGACUCUGGUUCUCAGUGAUUUUGUAUUUCUAUACGUACCUUUCCUACAGAUGCUCUAACUGACCCGAUCAAUAUUGUACGUCUAACUCUUAAACACUCCUCUGGAUUAUGGAAAUGUUUCUUUGAAAUAACAGCAUGUUGUGCAUAAUAGUAGUCACUUGUUUUUUAAAAAAGGAAUCCAGCUGCUUUUUAUGCAAUAGUAGCCUAAUCAUCCUUGGUCCUCUGAACACUACUGCAAACAUACACACACACACACACACACACACACACACACUCUCUCUCUCUCUCUCUCUCUCUCAUACACACACACUCUCUCUCUCUCUCUCACACACACACAAACACACAAAAACUUGAUUUUGCUUUCGUUUGGAAGAGAACAAAUGAUGAUACUGGCAAUAGCCUACCAAACGGAUACAGAAUAGGAAUACCCCAUGUGUGUUAACUUGUUUAACUGUGAAUAGCUACUGGUUACUGUAGGCCUAGGUGUUGUGUGAAUCCCACCAGUAUCAUAUUGUGUGCACAAAGAAUUUGUAUUUGUCAGGCCACUGAAACACUUCCACUGAGCGCUUUAUGUGUUGGCUACUUUGGCUGAAUGUGUAGUGGGUUGUACAAUGUAAUGAGGUGUAGCUUUACAUACGAAAAGAUAAGAUAUGCUUUAUUGCCACACAACAAUGUUGGUUGUAAUUGUUGUUACAUGCCCUGGAUCUGUAUGAUUGCAUGCCUUAUUUUGAGAGGAGAAAUAGGUAAGGUUAUUUAUUUUAUACAUAAAACAUGCAUUGAAGACACUCAUUAGUGAAUACAUUAAAUUUAUAUUUUGUUGUGCAA